AUUUAAACCCGCGAUCUUAAUGAGAGUACACAGACCUUAAGAAUGUUUGUUGUGUUCUGAUCAUGGUUGUUGCUAUUAUAGUGCUACUUCAUAAAACAAUACUGCUAUGUAACAAUGGCGUUCUUAGUACAGUUGCUUGAUGUUGGAUAACAACAUUGAAAGUUCAAUAUGUUGACUAUAUAUGCUUAAUUGUGACCACGGCAAUGCCAACAUCACCUUGGAUUCACAACAGGACGAAGAUAAUCACACCUUUGUACCUUCACAGUGUCAAGGGUGCUGCAAAUAUUCGCAGUAAACUUCUUUAUCGCAAUUACCGCUAUGAUAGCACUAACAACUUCAGCUUAGAUUCUUAUUCCAUUAAUACUCAGGUUGAAACUCGUAGUAGGAAUAGAAACUUCAAGGAAACCUUCAGUCUUUUGAACACUAUGGAACACCCAGAUUUUAGUUCGUAUGCUUCUCUGCUGAAGGCCUGUAUUAAGUACAAAUCCCUGCCAGAAGGAAAACUAGUGCAUGCCCACAUUGUUCAAGCUGGAUUCGCCUGUAAAUAUAUGUAUUUAGAUAACACACUUUUGAACAUGUAUGUCAAGUGUGGCAGAUUGAUUGAUGCUCGCAAUUUGUUUGACGAAAUGCCUGAACGAAAUGUUGUCUCAUGGUCUCUUCUGAUUGCAGCUUACCCGAAGUAUGGGUUUUAUAAGCAAGCCUUGACACUCUUUCAACAAAUGAAAAGAUCUUGUGUUGAACUGGAUAAUUUCGUAUUUGUGGGGAUUCUUCCAGCAAUUGCAGGUUUGGGAGAUCUUGAACAUGGCAGGGAGGUGCAGGGAGAUAUAAUUAGAAGUGGGUUUCAAUCGGAUUUUUUUGUGAAUAGUGCCCUAGUUGACAUGUAUGCCAAAUGUGGAAGCAUAGAGAAUGCACGCCAAGUGUUUGAUAAAAUGCCUAUGAGAAAUGUGAUAUCGUUUAACGCAAUGAUUUCAGGAUAUGCACGGAAUGGGUACGUUGUUGAAGCUGUAAAACUGUUUGAGAGCAUGUCUGAAAGAGAUGUGGUAUCAUGGACUUCAAUGAUUGUAGGGUAUGCGCAGAAUGGAAUUGUUGAUGAAGCCCUCGAACUCUUUUGGAAAAUGCCUGAAAGAAAUGUUGUCUCGUGGAAUGCAAUGAUUGGGUUGCUUGUCCAGAAUGGACAUUUUGAAGAGGCUGUGAACAUCUUUGAGAAAAUGCCUGUUCGCAAUGUGGUUUCAUGGAAUACAAUGAUUUCGGGUUUUGUACAGAAUGGGCACUUUGAGGAAGCCCUGAAGCUAUUUCGCAUUAUGCCUGAACGGAAUGUAGUCUCGUGGACUGCUUUGAUUUUUGCUUAUGCACAGAAUGGUGAUGCCAAAAAGGCCUUUAAUAUUUUUCAGAAAAUGCCUGAACGGAAUGUUGUCUCAUGGAAUGCGAUGAUAGCUGGAUUUACACAGAAUGGGUUUCUUGAUGAGGCUCUGAAGCUCUUUCAGAAAAUGCCAGAACCGAAUGUGGUGACUUGGAAUGAGAUGAUAACUGGAUUUGCACUAAAUGGGUGUUUUGAUGAAGCCCUGGAACUCUUCCGAAGAAUGCCAGAAAGAAAUGUGGUUUCAUGGACUGCUUUGAUUGCAGGCUACGUACGGAAUGGACAUAUUGAUAAAGCCUUAGCGAUCUUUCACAAAAUGCCUGAAAGAAAUGUAGUCUCGUGGAAUACAAUGAUUUCAGGACUUGCACAGAAUGGAUAUUGUUUUGAAACCUUCGAGCUCUUUCAAAAUAUGCAAUUAAAAGAUGUAAAGCCAGAUUCUAACACCUAUGCCAGCAUUCUAUCUGCUUGUGCGAAUUUGGCAGCUCUAUCACAAGGAAAGUUAAUUCAUCAAGACAUGAUUAGAAAUGGAUUUUGGAGGGAUGUUUUUAUGGAGACUGCAUUGCUGACUAUGUAUGCUAAAUGUGGAAGCAUUCAGGAUGCACACAAAGUAUUCGAUAGAAUGUAUGUAAAGAAUGUGGCUUCCUGGAAUGCAAUAAUUGUUGGAUGCGCCAUCCAUGGGUGUGGUAAAGAGGCCCUUCAUAUUUUUGAAAAAAUGCGACAGUCUGGAACAAACCCAGACAAUGUUACUUUUGUUGGAGUUCUGUCUGCUUGCUGCCAUGCAGGCCUAGUAAAUGAUGGCAGACUGUACUUUGAUUGCAUGUCCCAGCACUACCAAAUCACCCCUACAGUAGAUCACUAUUGCUGCAUGGUUGACCUGCUUGGUCGUGCUGGUCACCUAGUUGAAGCACAAAAAUUUAUUAAAAGAAUGCCAAUAAAACCAAAUUCUGCUGUGUGGGCGUCUCUGCUUGGUUCAUGUAGAACUCAUGCAAAUGUAGAGGUAGGAAAACAUGCUGCAGAACACUUGUUUCGGUUGGAUUCAAACAAUUCUGCACAUUAUCUCCUUCUCUUAAACAUCUAUGCAGCAGCCAAUAGGUGGGAUGACGUUAAGAAUGUUAGAAAAAUUAUGGAAGAAAGAAAUGUCAAAAAAGAACCAGCAUGCAGCUGGAUUGAGGUCAAUGGAAAAGUGAACGCUUUUCUUGUAGGAGGCAAAUGAUGGCUACAUAUUAUAAGUGAGACUGAUUCAAGCAUGUAAAGGAAACAUGGCCAUAGUGUGAUGUAAGAUUUGUGCUCAUGGCGAGGGGGUGAAAUGAAUAUUGUGUCAUUUGGAAGGAAACAGUAAAUCAAGUUUACAGUUAUAAACACAUCACUUAAACAACUUCUAGAUCAUCAAAGAGCAUUCCAGAAUGUGAUGAUUUCUUGUGUGACACUGACUUCCUUGCCAAAAGUUUUGUAGAAGUAAUUCCUGUGAGGAAUGAACAGUUGAAUUUACUCAGCUGAAGGAGAUAUGGUGGUUAUAUGGGAAUUUAAUGGCUCUAAAUAAAAUAGGAUAUGAACUACUGAACAAUCUUGUUCUUAAAACACGGCCAGGAUCCUAAAAUGUGGCCAAUAUUCAAUGCUAAAAAACUGAAUCUGGCAGGCAGAAGAAGCAGGGCGUAGACCUGAAAUAUGAUUUUGUUGCAUGGUGAGGAAUUGAAAUGAAUAUUCUGUGCCUCUUGGAGGGGAAAUGGCAACUGAGUUUGUAACCAUGAACACGUCCCUCAAGGUUUGUGGCAAUCUCCAGUGAGUCGUCAACUUCAUCACCAGCAGCAUUGUACAAGAGAUUUUUUUGAGAACUGCCCUGUUACAGUUAAUUUAUUCGAAGGACGUGGUGCUCGUGCAAUUUUUUUUGAUGAUGCUAAAUUAAACCAAGCGUUAAACAAGUGGUUUAACACGUCUAUGAUCAAAAUAGCCUUUUGUUGAGAUCCGGCGUCUUAGAUAGACAUGCCAUAGGAAUGAAAUUCAAAACAAUCAAAGAGGGCACAUGUUUUGAUAGUAUUUUGGAUGAAAGCAUCCUGUUAUCAAAACAAAAUAAAGCUGAGCUAAAGAAAUUCAAAUCAUUAGUUUCCGGCGAUCAUUCAGUCACCUAAGUGUAAUUUUUGUCUCAUAAGUGUCUCUUAAAUAUUUGUGUAAAUAAAUCUAGCAUUUAAAAUCAACAGGAAGAAUCACUUAAUUUUUCCAUGCAA